AUGCGCGGGAAGAAAGGAACGAGUUCGCAUAAUGCUCGGGAGGAGAUCGAAAUCGAUUCGGCCGGAGUGUACGAAGGUCAUGCCAGCAACGGAGCUCAACGACCUGUUGUUCCCCUCCCCUCGGAGCCCACGCUGACGAACGGAGCUGACCACAAGGAGGAGGAGGAGGAGGAGGAGGAGAAUGGUUUCGAGCACGUCCCCUCCCCUAAGAACGUCAAUGGCAAGAAAAAGCAAAAGGAAGAGGAAGAGGAGGAGGAUGAAGAGGAGGAGGAGGAUGACGACGACCUUGCUGAGAAAUUCACAGAGGCCUUCAACCAGGUUGACACGGAAGGCGAAGGUCUGAUCCUGGCAGAGCAGCUGGGAUUGGUCCUAGAGAUCCUCGGCAUCGUCGUGGGACAAGAGGAGCUGGAGGAGCUGAUAGCAGAUAUGACGGAUGACCUGGAUGGAGGGACAGCAGGGACUAUUCUGCUGGAUGACUUUGUCGAGGUGAUGAUAGCAAGGCACAAAGGACAAGAGCUGUCGGAUGAAGAGUUGAAAGAAGCUUUCUCGGUCUUCGACGUUGACGACGUCGGGUUCAUCACGGCCAAGGACGUUCGCGCAGUCCUCCUCCUCCUCCUGGAUCUGCAGACAAAGCCUGAAGAGAUUGAUGAGAUGUUCAAAGCUACAACAAGGGAUCCACAGGGGCGGGUUACCUACGAAGAGUUCCGCGACAUCAUACGAUGGCGUCCUCCGACCAUGAAGCUCGCCAGCACCGGCAAAGCGGACGAGAAGCAAAAGGCAUAA